CGGCCGAGUGUCGUGUCGUGUCGUUCGUCUCUCUCGCUCCGUUACCUUUCCCCCCUCCGUCUCGCUCACGCGCACGCCGAGAUCCUCGAAAUGUCCGCGUACUCGUGAGACGUUGCCUCCGCGCGCGGCCAUCGACGUCGAGCGACGAGGACGAGGACGUGGACGAAAGAGGGAACCCGCGAGGACGACUGGCGGCGGCGGCGGGCCAAUAAUGCGCAUACCGGACGCGCGGGGACGGCAGCGACGAUAGCUUCAGAUCUCGAAGAUUGCCGUGAACCAGGCGCCGUCCUGCAGGCAGCAUGAACAAUCCUUACCGAGUCAGACCCGCCAGGCCACGGGUGGAUCACUCGGCCGCGUACGGGGUGCGCAAUCAAAAUAUGUGGACGCCAGUGCUGAGGCCUCAGGCGGACGUUCCGCCGAGCGACGCCGCCCAGCAGUCCCUUGCGAGUCAAUCGAAGCACGCCAGCGACACGUGGAAGGAUCCCUGGGACUGGAACGUGGAUCCACAGUCGGAUAGCCAACAGCAGCAGCAGCAGUCACCACCGCCACCACUGCAGCAGCAGCAACAGCAGCAGCAGCAGCAUUACGUACCUUCGUAUCAGAAUCAAGGGCAGCUGAUAUCCGGUUCUAUGCAAAAUCACUAUUACAAGAAUCUAAACGGCAACACGUCCGACGUACUUAACCAGAACUCCAUGUCGGGCCAAGACACCCCCAGGUCGGAGCCCGCUCGUCAGACCGGGUCGGCUUACGCGGAUUCCUUCCCGCCCUACGCGAGCUACAAUCAAAACCAGCAGUACCCGUUGCCGCCGCGGCAGAGCAACGCCAAGUCCGUGUACGAGCACGCCCAGUGGCCGGCCGAGCAUCAGCCGCAGAGCGCGGCGUACAACCAGCAGAGGCUCGCGCAGCACAGCCAGAAGGACCAGUCGGCGGCGAUGCAUCAUCCGCCACCGCCGAUGGCGUCACACAAUAAUUACAGCUGGAGCAAGGACGACGCCGCGACGAGCUUGCCACGCGAUUGGCAGAAUCACACCGACGCGCUGGGCCAAUGGCAGGAUCAGAACGCGCCGCACGAGUCGCAGCAGCCGGCGCUCGACGGCAUGGGCAAUCAGUGUGCACCACCGUCGCAGCUGUACAACGCGCCUGUCGACGUCGGCAAGGAACAUUCCGUCAACUGGCCCGCCAACGGGCAGCAGGGCGGCAACGAGGCGAGCAGCGGGUCCAACGUCGCGUCGAGUCAGUGGCACGGUCGAAGUCGCGAGUCCCAGCGACAGCCCGCGCAUCUGGACGACGCGUUCGCCUCCUGGCCGCAGCCGGGCGUCGUCUCCGACUGGAGGCGCGCCAACGUGCAGAGCGAGCCCGUGCACCCUGCGCAGUGGUUGCAGCCGGCGGGCGCGGACGGCGGUUCGUUCGCGGAGAGCAAUAACAACAACGCCAGGUUUGCCGCGAACGAGUGGCAGCAGAUGCACACGGCUUCGUUCGGCUACGUUGCGGGGGACAAUCCGGCACACACGCCCAACAACAACAGCAGCAGCAGCGAGCGGGAGAGCGAGAAGCAGACGGCGGUGGCCUCCGUCGCGAGCACCGUGUCGCCUCACGAGCCGCUCGGUUACGCGAGAUCGAGCGACGUCAAGUCGCCGAGCGGAGACCGGCACAAUCCGAGCGCGCCGGGCGACGACGCGGCGAGGAGCGAGCCUACGAGGAGCGUUCAUCUCGGCGAGAAGGACGAUCGCGCCUUUGCCCCCGCGUCCACCGAGGAGUUGACCGGCAACUUCGGUCAGCUUCACCUCGGCGGGCUUCAGUCGAGCAGGCACGCGGAUCCCCUGGGCGAGUCGUUGGAGGUGCACUCGAGCGUGGAAGCGAGAGCUCAGCAUUCCUCCGCGAGUUUCAGCGUCGCGAGCCCCCGGGGUAGUUCGCUGCCCGACAAUCUGCCCGUGAUACCCCCGGAUUACGCGCCGAGCGGCGUGGAGAGCACCCACCCCGUCGACAGCCAGCCGAUCGUCGGUCAGGAUCACCCGACGCCGAGCGCGUAUCAGAGCGGCGUCGCCAAGAUGACGGACGGCGUCUCGCAGAGCGGAUACGAUCAGUGGUACAAUCGAAACGCGCUGGAGAACGCGUGGUACGCGAAGGAUCACUCGCGCCCGGCCGCCAAGCAGUGGCACACUCCCGAGCAGAACGUGGAGAACUACGAGAACAUUCAGCAAACGUCCGACUUCGUCAACGUCGAGGUCGUCGAGGUCGUCGCGCCCGCGGCGCUCAAGGAGCGCGAUAUCUACGGCUCGCGGGACUCCAUAAAUAAGGAGACGCUGGACAACGAUCCCAAGGAGACGACGGGCGUCCGGGACUUCAGGGAGGAGGUGAACAACGUUGAGGUGCUGUCGACGCAGCAGCAGCAACAGCAGCAGCAGCAGCAGGCGCGGCCUCAUCCGCCGCUGGCGGAGCAGAUGCCGGACAACUACGAGUUUGCGUCGAAUGACAGGAACACAUUUUUGGAGACCGGCGAGCUGACGGACUCGCAUCAGGAGCACGAGCCGACGCCACCGAGCCAGGACGACGAGAACGACGAAGUGCCUAACGAUAUUCCCUUCCUGCGUGAGGUGCCGGGGCAGUCGAGCACCAUGGAUCCGCGCAGGAACGACCCGACUGGUCAGGAGCAGAGCAUGCAGGUCAGGAGCAUUGGUCCUGACCGAGCGGAGCGUCGCGACGUUCUUCCGGGCCAGGAGAGAAACGUUCCUCUGCUGCUACGAGGCGAUCCGGACACGCUGGAACGGCGAAACGACCCCUCGGGCAGGGAGCGCUCUCUGCCGCCGCCGCCGCCGCCGCAGCAGUCGCGGAACGAUCCGUCGGGCGAGGAGCGGUACCAGCCGCAGCAGUCGCAGAUGAUGCUGGAGCCGAGCGAGACCCGCGAGGUGCUCGGCCGCGGCAACGAGCCCGACGAGGUCGCGCAGCAAAGCAACGCGGACACCAGGCAGAUACCGGGCGGAGCGUCCCCCGGCGACGUCGCACAGUUGCCGGACGACAGGGCGACGGGCGGUAGAGUUGUUACCGGCUCCCCGCCGGAGGCCCCACCGACGACGACGGCCGCGAUGCAAGAUCAGGCGAGCGAGUCGCGCAGCAAGCGCGAGGAGGCGGUGGGCGCGUCCCUGGAGAGCGAGAGCCAGGGUCUCUCCGGCUUGUCGAACCGCCGGGACUCGUACGAGGACGAGGAGGACGAGGGCUCGCGCAACAGCCGGGACGAGAGCAGGGAGAGGCGGCGAGAGGGCAGUCCCGAUCGCCGGCGAUACGAGUACGAGCGUAAGAGCGCGUACUACGAUCGCGAGUACGAGGACGAUUACUAUUACGAGCGCCGGCGCGCGGGCGACAGCGAUCGUCCGUACAACGCCCGCGACGACUUCGAGCGGCGGGACGUCCCGUACCGGGACGACGAGCGCAAGCAUCACAGCCGCGACGACCUGGACCGGCACGGUAGGGACGACAUGGACAGGCGGGCCAGGGGGAAGGAGGACGUGGACGAGAGGGAGGGCAGGAGGAGGCCGGACGAUCGUAGGAGAGACAGAGGCGAUGAUCCGCGUCGUCGGGACCGGGACCCGAGGGACUACGACGCACGCUACUCCAGGGACCCCAGGGAUAGAGAGUACAUAGAUCGCGACAGGAGGAGGGACGACAGGCGACCUCGGAGAUACGACGAUUACGAUGUCAGAGAUCCGUACAGGAGGGAUUACUACGACGAUCCUUACGGCAGGAGUUCUAGGCCUUCAAGUAGAUCUUCUUACAACGACAGAGACCGUGAAUACUACAUGCGUUCGAGAGAUCCUUAUUAUGCGUACAAUAACGGAUACAGCGGAUAUGAUUAUGGCACUCAUUACGGUAACAAUUAUUAUGCAUAUCUCGAAAACCUACGUCGGACGAAUCCCGCCGCCUAUUCCGAGUGGUAUCACAAAUAUUACGCCAGCCAGCAGCAGCAGCACAUCGCCAGAGGCGUCGGCAAUUAUCCGGAGGACAGAGCCAGCGUCCAUUCCGGCCGUAGUUCCUGCGACGAUAGGACCACUGGUGACAAACGAACAUUGGGCGACAUGUCGCUAUUGGAGGAUUCAAUAAUUACUUCUGCUAGAUUGACACCGGCUAAAUAUUCCACGUCUCACGCAUAUGGAUGCUUUUCCAUUGGGUCUUUGGUGCACGUUCAACCGAGCUAUCCGGCUGACGGCGAGAGAGCGAAAGUGGAUAUUUUCCGCGUAGAUAAUUUACUCUCCCAUGAUCCUAUCGCACGCGACUUGCGAUUAUAUCCAGGACCUCUGAUUAACGGCGUAACGCACAAGAAGACUAUCAUAGAAUAUUGCGAAAAUAAAAUUAAAAAAGCAGUGGUAAAUGAAGAAAUGGUCGAUCGCGCUUCGUACAUCUUGCUAUACGAACUGAUGAUCAUGUUGAUUCAACAGAACGGAAACGUUGUCGGCGUCGAUAUUGCCGGGCUCUUGCUGCGCAACAAGGAUACUUAUCCUUGCGACGCGAAUAAAUUCAGAUCUCAGGACGUAGGGCGCAGGGAGUCACAAAUAUCGCAACGAUCCGGAGCGACCGGCAGCGACGGAAGUACCCAGGAUAUCUCGGCGCUGUCCGAGAAGAGCGAGACCAAGCAGCGAAAAACCGUAGAGCAAAUAACAGACGAAUUCAGAGACACGUUACUCUACGGACGGGUUCAAGAAGCAUUAGAGUACGCGAUGAACGAAGGACUUUGGGGCCACGCUCUCUUCCUGGCUAGUAAACUUGAUAAGCGCACGCACGCAUCUGUAAUGACUCGGUUCGCAAACAGCCUGCCGCUGCACGAUCCACUGCAGACCCUGUACCAGCUGCAUUCUGGUCGUGUGCCUGCUAUAGUCACAUGCGUUACGGAUCCACGCGGGGACGAUUGGCGGCCCCAUCUGGCUAUGAUUAUUUCCAACACCUCGGCCAAUCCAGAAGUUAAUCGCCGGUCAAUAACGACCCUCGGGGACACGUUAUUCGCGAGGGGCGACAUCCAUGCCGCGCAUUUUUGCUACAUACUCGCGCAAAUUGAUUUUGGGGCCUACGGGAGUAACGGGAUUAAACUCGUGUUGAUUGGCGCUAACCAUAACAAGUCGUACUCCGAAUUCUUCACCAUGGAAGCUGUCAUGUUAACGGAGAUUUACGAAUACGCUCGAAACCUCAGCGAUCCGUGCUUCACAUUAGUAGACCUUCAAACGUUCAAGUUCGAUCUAACGGUGAAAAUGGUAGACUGUGGAUUGAUAGAAAAGGCUCUGCUGUAUAUCGAACAGAUUGCAACGAAUAUCACGAACGACCCGUCGAAAUACAAGAAAUCCUUCAUCGAAGCGGUUUACGUGUUGGGCGACCGAAUAAAGUAUCACGAUCCAGUCUACAAAGAUGCUAUUGAGGACGCUGCGAAUGUGGCGUGGCUUAACAAAUUGGCGGAGAUAGUUGGCAAAUAUCAGGACGAGCAGACUGCGGAAGACGAAACGUACGGUCCCUCCACGAUGGAAAAUCAGGAGGUCCACGAGAUGAAGCAACAGCAAUCGUCAUUGCCGCCACUGUCGUCGCAACAACAAUGGAAUACCGUCCAGCCCGAUUACGGUGACGGGCCUACGUCGAUGAUGGAAGUUAACGCGAGCGAGAGACAAUCGGAUUGGCAGCCGUUGUCUUUGCCCACGAAUAUUCAAGAUACGUACGAUUCGAACGCGCAGUACAUGAGAAACGUGGACGAAUCCAUUCAGUACCAGCAGCCGCAGCAACAGGAUUAUUGGGGCCAGCAGUCGUACUAUCAGAAUAAUUAUGGAAAAAACGAGUCUGUGUCGUCGAAUUGGCAGCCACAGCCCGCGCCAGGCUUGACCACCGACCAGGGUUCUGAAGUGAAUAACUCGCAGCAACAAGACAAAUGGGGCUACGAGGCGGAAAGGGAAGAUAAAACGCCGACUCCUGAACCUGCGCAGCCGAUGAUCUCGAUGACGCCGUCGAUGGGUAAGCAGUACGACCCGUUGGAGGAGCUGGACGCGCUCGAGACACCGCGGUCGAGUGCGAAGCCCGCGGGGGACGCGAGGAAGGCGGCCGAGAAGAAAUCGGCCAACAGCGGCGGCUCCUGGUUCGGUGGUUUGUUCAGUAAACUCGCGCCCAAGCCGAAAAAUCAAAUGAUAUUGCCGGACGAUAGCAACCCAACGAUCGUGUGGGACCCGGUCGCCAAGAAGUGGAUGAACAAGGACGAGGACGGCGACAGCGGCACCGGGACGUUGGCGCCGCCGCCGAAGACGUCCGACAUGAGUUUCCGCGCGCCGGCGAUGGAACGCGGCCCGCAGCCGCCUCUGCCGGCCGCACACGACGAAGACGCGCCGGCGACGGAUAUCUCCAAGUUGCCGAUCGGUAGCAACAUGUUCAAACUGCCAAGGGGUAGAAGUAUGCGUGCCAACUACGUGGACAUAAUGAAUCCCGCCGGGAAGGCCAAGGGUAGCGCGGCACAGUCGAACGUGCCCACGCCGAUCACGUCUCCGCUCGUGCCCGUGGCCACCUCGUCUCCGCAGAUGUUCGUCCCCGCACCAAUUAACGAUCCAACCGCUCCUGUGGAUUUCCUGACUCCGGCAGCCACACCGCCGUCCGGAAACACCGCGGAGAACACUCCAGGACCAAUGAUGUUCAACCCGAGUGACAUGAAGGAUCGAUCGGUGAGGAACAUGCCACCCAGCAGAUAUCAUCCACGAUAACUUUUUGCGGCCGCUUGCGGAAAUAAUUUGUUAUUUAAAUUAGGAGGUUUCUUUUAACGCUGCAGUUGUGUUUAAUGUGAAUAUUGCCGUAUAGAGAACGUGACAGCGGUAGUACAUGUUUUUUUUAAGUGAUAGCGCACGGUGCACCCAAUCUCUCUCAAACAACGCAGGAAGACAGCAUCGCUCUAGGCGCCCUCACGUUCUUCAUAUGUUUGCGUUGCGUGUAGAUAAAUUUUUACAUUCUGAAUUCUGUUCGAGUUGUUUCUCUGUUAUAUUUAUCAUGUCAAAUUAGAUUAUUACUUGAUUAAAGUGUAUUCAAAGCGAGGUUUUCAAGCGACAAUUUUAGCGGCGCAACGGUGGCGUAGGCAAUGAAAUCCGAGCGCGUUUAAUGAGUUGUAAACCUUUGUAAAGAAGCUUCCGUUGCGCGCUUUUCGGUAAAAAAAAAAAAAAGAACCGUGCUACUUUCCAGCUCAAUUUUCGCGGAAUGUUAUUGCGGUGCAACGAAUUUGUUCGUCAGUUACGUACCGAUUUCCGUUUUCUGUUUAUUCUUAUAAUGCGCAUUUCCAUCGGGUGACUACCCACGCAUUUGCCGCGCCGUUACCCAUCGUUGAUCGUUGUUAUGGAAAUGCGCGAGUGCAUUCCUGUUUACUAUGUUCACCUAGCUUGUAAGUAAAUCGUCGUCGGUAACGGACCCGAUGUCGCGCGACGACUCGAGUUCCGCGAGCGGGUCUGAAUUAGCGAGGCGCGAGGUUGAUAUUUUUACCUGUGCAACUUGUAAUAGAAGAUCUAUCUAAGUUACAAUUAAGUAAUCCCUCGCUUCGAAGAGCGUCUUGUAAAUGUAUAACGAUAGAGGGAGAAUCGUAGCGUCAAUCAUAUAGCUCGGUUAUAUCGCAGGAUUUGUUACAACACGGCCUCGGUAUGCGCUGUAAUUCCAAGUCUGAUUUUAUAUGUACGGGGAGGAAGGGGGGGUAUCGCAGAGUGCCGAUAAAUACGAGAUGUUAGGAAUAUGAGAGUUUUAUCGGGGAUAAAGGGGGGGGGGGGCGAAAUAGCGCGUUAAGUGUAAUGUACAAGAAUGUUAUUGUUAUAGACGUCGGGCUUACAUAUUACGAGAUAAUAUUGAUACACCAAUAAACACGCAACUGCCAUCAA